AUGUCACAAAUAAGACCGCCCUCAUUUGCACAUUACCAAGAGCCACACAAGCGCAAACGCACCCGCUCAGUGUCCAGCCGCCCCAGCAGCAGUGCCGGAUUUUUAUCAUCCAGCCCCGGCCCGGCGCCAUCAGACAUCAUCAACCCGCUGUCGUACACGCCCACCGUGCUCAGCCAGCUGCACCUGGCCGGCCACAGUGACGCGGACCUGCUGCCGUCGACGGCGAUCCCGGAUUUUCCGCACCGACCGCUGCCGCGCGAGAAAAUUUUACGGGGGCAGUCGCCAUCGUCAUCGCCGGCCGAGACGAACGACGACGACGAUGAGGGCCGAGAGAAGGAUGCAAAGAGGCGGCAGAACGCGGAGCACGCGCACCGCGUGGCGGAGCGGCAUCUCGGCGUCCUGACGGCGUUGAUCCAUCGCUCGCUCGAGGAGUGCGACAUUGCGCGUGCCAAACGCGCCUUUGGCCUGCUCGUCCGCUCCGAGAUAUGGGGUGCCAGCGUCGAUUUGAGGAAGAAUGGGUACUGGGCGCUGGGCGCCGAGAUUCUGAUGCGCGAGGGCGAAAGGCCCCCAUCGUCAUCGGGGGAUGAGGCGGUUGGUGAGGAGGAGGACGACGCGACGCGAUCGGAGGAUGGCGUCAUCGACAAGGAGGAGACGAUCCCCUGCCGGUGGGGUCGCGCGUCUAACAUGCCCGCCGUCAGAGACUACUUCCGCUCCUUGAUCAGCCAGUACCCUUGGAACAGAUUCCAGCCGCGUUCCAUGUCUGCGCUGAGCUUCUGGCCCGCCCUGCUGGGCUGCGAGCUGUACAACACCUGGAUCGAGCAGGUCCGCGCGCUGAAGCGGCUCGACAUUGAGGCCGAGGACUGGAGCCUUGCCGACACCAACGAGGAAGGGGGUCACGACGGCAGCGGUGGCAGUGGCGAUUCGGCAUACCUAAAGGUCGAGAGGAGAAAGCGUGAGGCUCGCGAUGCGAUUCGCCUCGAGGCGCUCCACCAGAUGCGCGACGUGGCGCGGUCGAUGGACGACUUGAUGAUCGCGCCCCCUUUUUCGACGAGCCAUGAGCUGUUGAGACUGAGGGGCAUGAUCGCACUGUACAUGGCCGACCUGGUGGUGCCUCCUAGACCCAGGACGGAGGGCGAAGAGCACGAGGCAAAGGUUCAGCGCGGCACCGAGAUGGACAGGGCGCGGCACCGGUUCCGGAAGAUCAUCGACGAUGGUGGCGAGGUCGAGCGUUGGGUCAGGGACUUUGUCUCACGCAGCACGGACGACACGGAUGAGGACGAGGAUGAUGACAGGAGCAGUAAUAUCGACCUUCCAUUCUUUUCUUCGUUGCCAAUUAGGGGCCGAUGA